GGACACAUUUCGCCUGCGCACCUGUCGAAAGAAGCGCCGCAUUCUCACGUUUUCAUCAGUGCUGGUACCGAGUGUUUAGCCUAUUUCUAUUGGCUGUAACGUAACACAAAUGGCGGCUCCGAAGGUCCCAGAGGUUCGUGACAUUACACGGAUUGAGAGAAUCGGUGCACAUUCUCACAUUCGCGGUCUUGGAUUGGAUGAUGCUUUGGAGCCAAGACAGGUGUCUCAGGGGAUGGUUGGGCAGCUCGCCCCCCGUCGGGCUGCAGGUGUCAUUCUGGAAAUGAUCAGAGACGGUCGCAUUGCUGGCAGGGCUGUACUGCUCGCUGGUCAACCGGGCACAGGAAAGACAGCCAUCGCUAUGGGUAUUGCCCAGUCUCUUGGCCCUGAUACUCCCUUCACAGCGAUGGCUGGUAGUGAGAUCUUCUCCUUGGAAAUGAGCAAGACUGAGGCACUCAGUCAAGCUUUUAGAAAAGCCAUUGGAGUAAGAAUCAAAGAGGAGACAGAGAUUAUUGAAGGAGAGGUGGUGGAGAUCCAGAUUGAUAGACCAGCCACAGGAACAGGUGCAAAAGUAGGCAAGUUGACACUAAAGACGACUGAAAUGGAGACAAUCUAUGAUUUAGGAAACAAGAUGAUCGACAGUCUCAGUAAAGAGAAGGUACAGGCUGGAGAUGUUAUCACCAUUGACAAAGCCACAGGAAAGAUCAGCAAGUUGGGCCGCUCCUUCACCAGAGCCAGAGACUAUGAUGCCAUGGGAGCUCAGACGCAGUUUGUACAGUGUCCAGAGGGGGAGCUUCAGAAGAGGAAAGAGAUAGUCCACACUGUGUCCCUUCACGAGAUUGACGUCAUCAACAGCCGCACACAAGGCUUCCUGGCCCUGUUCUCUGGAGAAACAGGCGAAAUUAAGUCUGAAGUUCGUGAACAAAUUAACGCUAAAGUGUGCGAAUGGAGAGAAGAAGGAAAAGCAGAGAUUAUUCCAGGGGUGUUAUUUAUUGAUGAAGUCCACAUGCUGGACAUUGAGUGCUUCUCCUUCCUGAACCGUGCUCUGGAGAGCGACUUGUCGCCGGUUCUCAUUAUGGCCACUAACAGAGGCAUCACUCGUAUCCGAGGCACAAACUAUCAGAGCCCUCACGGCAUCCCCAUCGACCUGCUGGAUCGCCUGCUGAUCAUCGUCACCUUGCCGUACACUGAAAAAGAGACCAGACAGAUUCUCAAGAUACGAUGUGAAGAGGAGGAUGUGGAGCUGAGCGAGGAGGCUCACACUGUUCUGACUCGCAUUGGUAUGGAAACGUCACUUCGUUAUGCCAUCCAGCUGAUCAGCCCUGCUGGGUUGGUGUGUCGUAAACGCAAGGGGACAGAAGUUCAGGUUGAAGACAUUAAGAGAGUUUACUCUCUGUUCCUGGAUGAAACCAGAUCCGCUCAAUACAUGAAGGAGUAUCAGGAUUCGUUCCUCUUCAAUGAAUCACAAACAGCUCCAAUGGACACAUCACAAUGAAGAUACCAGCUGUGUUUUCAUAUUCUGGAACGUUUAUGCCGUCACUCGAUCUCUGUGGUUGGAAUCGAAGUUAAGUGUGAUCCAAUUUCAGCUGAAUUUCCUUAAUAUUUGUGUUGAAUUUUACACUGUGUAAGUUUAUUUGCUUAUUUUUGGUUACUUUUUAUUAAAAUGAAUAAACAGGCCUUUCCAACU